AUGCCGCGCAAUGUGCGCCAGAAGAAACGCGCCGAGCGCCGAGUGCAGGCGGCCGCUGCCACGGCUGCCGCUGCCGCCGAUGAGGCGGCCAAUGAGAAUAGCAGCAAGCUGAACAACAACACGGCCAGCUCAAGCAACAGCAGCAGCAGCACAAAUGUUGUGCACAACAAAAAACCGAAAGCAUCCCGUGCCGAUCCAAUUCUGGCAUCGUUGAGCAAAAAUGCGUUACGAAUGAGCGAUGUGCAGCUGUUGCAUGGACCCCACUGGCUAAACGAUGCGAUACUCAAUUUCUAUUUUGCCUAUCUGGAGGAGGUUAAAUACAAAUCGAAUGUUGACUUUCUGUUUGUCACGCCAGAGAUGUCACAGUGCAUGCUCUAUAUGGACGAUAAGGAGCUGCACGGCCUGUUGGUGGCGCAGAAUCAGGCGCUGCGCAAACCUUUCAUAUUUAUGGCAUUGAAUGAUAGCCAUUCGCGCGAUCGGGGCGGGGCACAUUGGUCGCUGGUUGUUGCCUCGCGGCCGGAUAAGAGUUUCUUUCAUUUUGAUUCGUACGGCGGCGGCAAUACGAAUUGCUCCCUGGAGCUGAUCAAUAAUAUCAAGGAUGUGCUCGAUAUGCAGCAUGCUCGCUUCCGGGGCAUGCGCUGCCUGCAGCAGAGCAACGACUACGAUUGCGGCAUUCAUGUCAUUUGCAUGGCCGAUCAGUUGACCGACUAUGUGAAUCGUUAUGAUAGCGUUGAUGGUGUUCAGCCGCUGCAUCAGGAUGUGAUCAAGGCUAAGCGCAAUCAGCUUAUCAAGCUGGUCGCCUCGCUGGGUCAGCAUAUUUGAGGGCAGCAGCAGCAGCAGCAACAACAACAGGGAACACAACAGCAACAACAACAGACAGACAGACAGCAGACAACGCUCACAAUUUGCAACAGAAACGCAUUUUCCCCAGUUUAACGCUCGCUCAUUUGCACUUCGCUCAGCUGCGUUACACUGCGCACUUUACAACACUGGCACACAAGUCACACACAUACACACACGCAGACAGACAAACAGACACACGCUCGCCCUCCUAUCUGAUUCUCUCUCUCUAGCACUCUUUGACAGUCUUGGAAAAUGCGUUUUGUUUGCUCGUUAACACACACAACACACACAACACACACAAACACACACACACAAGCACAAGCAGAGACAAAUGAUAACUGUUUUUAUUGGUGCUGUAUAACUAGAAAUUCAUUUCAUGAUCUCUCAAGCAGACAUUAAA